AUGAAUCAAAUCUGGCCCAAGUUAAAAAGACUUGAGAAUUCACCGUCCGUAAUUCGACAUAGAAGAUACGGUUUGUGCCCAUCAUGUAAUAGGUCAAAUACCCAUGAGAAUUGGUGUCAAAAAUGCAACGCAGAGACUUUUCGUAAGAAUUUUAAUAAUUGGACAAGCGGCAAUCUAGAAAUUGACAAAUUCAUUAGAGAUUCACAAUUAAGAGCAAGUAAUAAUAGGGAAGUGUUGGAAUGGAUUCCGUUUAAUAAAUUUAGAAGUUUAAAGUUCGUUGCGAGGGGGGGUUAUGCAAGUGUCUAUUUUGCGGUUUGGACCGAUGGAUUUAUUAAGAAGUGGAAUUAUCAGAAUGGUCAAUGGGAAAGAAGGAGUAAAUGGAAGGUGGCUUUAAAGUUCAUGGACUGUUCCAACAAAAUAACCUCAGAAUUUCUCGACGAGAUAGAGGCGUGCAUCCGAUGCGGCGGAGGGCACGGUUUAGUCCGCUGCUAUGGAAUAUCGCAAGACCCAGAGACGAAAAACUACAUAAUUGUCUUGUAUUACGCACAUCAAGGGAAUCUAAGAAGUUACCUGGAUCAACACUAUGGCGAACUUAAUUGGAUAAAAAGACUUGGAAUUCUUAAGCAAAUAUCCGAAGGGCUCAAAAGAAUUCAUCAAGCGGGAUUUGUUCACAGAGAUUUUCAUAGUGGGAACAUUUUACAAGGAAAUGCUUCGGAGAUAGCGGAUUUAGGUUUCAGUGGACCGGCAAGUAAGAUGCGUUCGAAGUCUAAAGAAGUUUACGGUGUAUUACCUUACGUGGCGCCAGAAGUGUUGCGCAGACGAAGUUACACAUUUGCGGCGGAUAUAUAUAGUUUCGGUAUGAUAAUGUGGGAUGUGUUGACUUGUCAGCCUCCAUUUGGUGAUCGUGCGCAUGACGUUCAUCUCGCACUAGACAUAUGUCUCGGAAGACGACCAACAGUCGAAGAGGAAACGCCCAAACCAUUUGCAAAAUUAAUGAAAUGUUGUUGGGAUGCCAAUCCUUCGAAACGACCUACCGCCCAACAGCUGUACGAAACACUUCAUCAAUGGUACUGGGAUUUGCAUGAUGGAAAGGUUACACCGGUCAGUGCGGCAUUUAUGGCAGCGGAUAGUACCAUGCCUCAACCGGGUACACCAGCCUCUAGUCGACCAGUUACUCAAACACAUCCCCUCGCGAUAUACACGAGUCGAUUGCUUGACUUUCCUGAUCUUCCCGAACCUGUUAAUGCUCUAUCAUCAUUUCAUUGUAGUCAUCAUUCACAUACAACAAACAGCAGCAAAAGUUCUAAUGACGAGAAAGAUGAUAAAGAAUCUAGUGAUUAUGUCACGAGACAAUACGAUGAUGAACUUGUGUUAGAGCCGGAAGUUGUGAGUAGUAAAAUAGAAGUCACACUGGUGUCGUCAGAAGAAGGUACCAUUGUAAUUGUUAAAUUCUUGUUAUAUAAUGAGCACGAGGAACAGUUUAUUAAAUUGCUCAUUUUUGCAGUUACAUUUCAACCCGAGGAUGAUGAGAUAACGAGAAAACUUGAAAUAUUGGCAAUAAACUGA